GUGACCAGUCAGAGGGAGUGACACUACUGCGCUCAGUCCCUCCCUCCUCACCUUCCUCUCAUGUGCUCACAGGCUGGUCUGCAGGAGUGAGCCCUGUGGCUCUGCCAAAGACAAGCCUGCCGGGUUUACAGAAGGAAAAAAAACCAACAAAACCAAAACCCCAAACAAAUCUCAGGCAAAAUCACAGCGCUGAAAUCGGUACCCUGAAGAAGCUGAGUGGAGAAGUGUGCCAAGAUGAAUGGCCCGGUGGAUGGCUUGUGCGACCAUUCUCUAAGCGAAGAAGGAGCAUUCAUGUUCACCUCAGAGUCGGUCGGAGAGGGGCACCCGGAUAAGAUCUGUGACCAGAUCAGCGAUGCCGUGCUAGACGCCCAUCUGAAGCAGGACCCCAAUGCCAAGGUGGCCUGCGAGACGGUGUGCAAGACGGGCAUGGUGCUGCUGUGCGGCGAGAUCACCUCCACGGCCACAGUGGACUACCAGCGGGUGGUGAGAGGCGCCAUCAGGCACAUUGGCUAUGACGACUCUGCCAAGGGCUUUGACUUCAAGACCUGCAACGUGCUGGUGGCUUUGGAGCAGCAGUCCCCGGAUAUAGCCCAGUGUGUGCAUCUAGACAGAAACGAAGAGGAUGUCGGGGCCGGGGAUCAGGGCUUGAUGUUCGGCUAUGCCACCGACGAGACAGAAGAGUGCAUGCCCCUCACUAUCAUCCUCGCUCACAAGCUCAACGCCCGGAUGGCGGACCUCAGACGCUCCGGGGUCCUCCCCUGGCUGCGGCCCGACUCCAAGACUCAGGUGACAGUUCAGUACACCCAGGACAACGGCGCUGUCAUCCCUGUGCGUAUCCACACCAUCGUCAUCUCUGUGCAACACAAUGAGGACGUAACCCUGGAGGCCAUGCGCAAGGCCCUGAAGGAGCAGGUGAUCAAGGCCGUGGUGCCCGCCAAGUACCUGGAUGAAGACACCAUCUACCACCUGCAGCCCAGCGGGCGGUUCGUCAUUGGCGGUCCCCAGGGGGACGCAGGCGUCACUGGCCGUAAGAUUAUCGUGGACACCUAUGGCGGCUGGGGGGCACACGGUGGCGGGGCCUUCUCUGGGAAGGACUACACCAAGGUGGACCGCUCGGCGGCGUACGCGGCCCGCUGGGUGGCCAAGUCCCUGGUGAAAGCGGGCCUCUGCCGGAGAGUGCUGGUGCAGGUUUCCUACGCCAUUGGUGUGGCUGAGCCACUGUCCAUUUCCAUCUUCACCUACGGAACCUCUCGGAAGACAGAGAGAGAACUGCUAGAUGUGGUCAACAAGAACUUUGACCUUCGGCCCGGUGUCAUCGUCAGGGAUUUGGAUUUGAAGAAGCCCAUCUACCAGAAGACGGCGUGCUACGGCCAUUUCGGAAGAAGCGAGUUCCCGUGGGAAAUUCCCAAGAAGCUUGUGUUUUAGAGCUGGUGGGAGUGGGGCCUGAUCUGGCCCUGGAGGGGUCUGGGUGGCCUGGUUCCUCUUCUUCAGGAUCCCAGCUCUCACAUGU